AUGUGCCCUAUUCGUCCUUCAUUAAUACCCAUUAACCCUUGCAUCGACCCGACACUUCCAUCAUGGUCGCUAUCCUACGUCCUAAUCUGGUUGUCAGAAUUAAACAAUCGACGCUCAACCAGCCUUAUUAAUCUGAUUGCCACAAGUGGCAGCUCCAGUCUUAACAUCAUCACCACCACUACCACAGCCGUCACAACUCCAACCGCUAAUAUCAACGAUAUCCUCGCUACAAUGAUUUCUCCUCGGAGCAUCGGCCAGAACUUCCGGCCUCUUGCUUCCUGCUGCCUUCGUUCUCAAUCUUUUCCCUCACUCUCCGUUGCCGGUCCGUCGUGCUUUGUUCGGCCAUUCCUUCAUGCUUCGUCCGAUCUGCCUGCUUUUGUCUCAAGUAGCUUGACCACGUUGACAGCCACCGAUGCCUUGACGGAGGCCAGUGUCUUGGGUGACACUAUUUCUGAUGGAGUAGAGAUGCUUGCAUUUUUCGCUCUUAAUACGCGGCCAAAUGACAGUCAUAAGACGAAAACCAGUUUGAUUCAAAGCUGUGGCUAUGAUGAUAAUGACAAGUGUAGAACUCCCUCUUUAACUCUGAAUGGCCAGGUGAAAAAUUUCAUCGAGUCAUCUGAGCACUCUGUUUCUGAAAUUGCUAUACCUGCUCCUGAUCCAUCAGACGAGGCAGAUGAGCUGGCAAGGCUACGAAACAGAUCAGCAAAAUGGAGCUGGUGGAUAACGCCGAUGUCGAGCAAGAGAAAUCACAAUAAAGAUGGACAAAUUAUGCUUGGUAAACAGGCUGUAAACAAUGAGGCUCUUAUUAAGAGACCCAGUGAAUUCCAAGAGAUUACAAGACCUGUGAAUAUGGAGGGUCUAAAGAGUAAGCAGAAUAAAAAUGCAUCAUAUCAGGAAAUAGGAGGGAAUACAAAAUUUAAGGAUGAGAUGAGAGUAAAGUUGGAGGACGCACUUGAUAGGACUGAGGAGAACAAGUUUGAAGAAAUCAAUUUACAAGCAGGUGAGUCUCGAGAAGACACUUCAUCGCACCUUCGAUCGCCAGAUACGUGGUUACCAGAGCCAUCACCAUCUCCCAGCUCGCAGGCCCAUCGUGCCUGGAUCUUCUCAAAAUGGACUACCCUCCGAGUAGCACGACGCCUCUCACGAUCUAGCAAACAACCUUCUUCAGUCUGUUUAGUUAAACCACCAAUAUCGAUAUCGACCUCGACGCAGAUUGAAGAAGACUUUGAUCCUCGUAAGGCUGGAAAGCUAGAUGGCUAA